AUGAAAGAAAGCUGGAAGUGGAUGAAAGAUUUACUAGUAAUCUGGCAACAAUAUUGGCAAGUAAAGAAGAAGUGGAAAUAUUGUAAAAGUAUAUCUAACAAUGCUCUCAUGAUGUUGAAUGACGCACUUGAGAGAAGUGAUGUUAAGGAUUUAUUCAAAACUGUAAAGAGAUACUGUUCUAUUAAGUUAGAAUCUAGACUUAAAAAACUUAAGGAUGAUAUAGAGGGAUCACAAAAUCGACAUAUUUUAUCUUUCAAGGAAUUUGGCUAA